AUGUCCUUUGUCAUUCCUGGUUCAUUUGAUACCUUGCAGACAGCCGAGCAGGUACAGCUCCUCAACACAGUCGAUGCACUCCGUACCUGCGGCCUCGAUGGAAUCAUAUCCCUUCCUCAGCUAGUCGUCUGCGGUGACCAGUCGUCUGGAAAGAGUUCGGUCUUGGAAGCGAUUACAGAGAUUCCUUUUCCGAGAAAAGAGAACUUAUGCACCAGAUUCGCGACUGAGCUCGUUCUGAGGAGGUCAAGAGUCGUCCGUGUAUCUGCAAGUAUUAUUGCAGACAAAACAAGUAGCCAGGCGGAUCAAGAUAGUCUACAGAAGCAACAGCUCUCGCUCUCGAAUCUAUCCAAACUACCAGCCCUGAUCGACAAAGCAACAAAAUUAAUGGGUCUUGAUGAUGGUGAUAAGAGGCAAGCAUUCUCGCGCGACAUACUUCGCAUUGUCAUUGAAGGUCCGGAAAGACCCGCGCUCACCUUGGUUGAUCUCCCCGGGUUAAUCCACUCUGAGAACAGAUCUCAGACAGCAGACGAUGUCGAGAUCAUCUCAAAGCUCGUUGAACAAUACAUCUCAAAUCCUCGAACGAUCAUUCUUGCUGUAGUUAGUGCCAUGAAUGAUGCAGCAAACCAGGUCAUUCUGAAGCGAGCUAGAGAGCACGAUCCAAAUGGACAGCGCACAUUAGGCAUCAUCACGAAACCCGAUGUGCUCAGUCCUGGUUCUGAGAGUGAAGAUGCUUUCAUUGGAUUUGCUUCGAAUCAGAACAUAACCUUUCAGAAGGGGUGGCAUGUACUCAGAGGUCGCUCCUUUUCUGAGCGUAAUGCUUCGUUCACAGAGCGCAACGCGACUGAAGCCCAAUUCUUCUCCAGAGGCAGAUGGUUAGAAUUAGAUCCUGAUACUCUCGGCAUCUCCCAUUUACGAAGCCGCCUCAGUGAGCUGCUUUUCACACACGUCAAACAAGAAUUGCCCCGACUGCGCAGUGAACUUGAAACUACCAGCGCGCAAAAUGACACGCUUCUCCAAAAGCUAGGAGAGAAAAGAGGCUCUUUAUCUGAGCAGCGACAGUUCCUGACAAGGAUCAGUACUUCUUUCCGCGAUAUCUGCAAGGCAGCAGUUGGUGGCCAUUAUGAUCAUGAGCAUUUCGGCGAAGAUGUCAACAUUUCUAGCGGAAGUCAACCUGCCACUCGCCGACUCAGAGCUCUCAUUCAGAAGCAACACAUCGAUUAUGCAGACGUUCUGCGCCGAGCAGGAACAAAGUACAACCUCGUCAACAAGCCUGCCGGAGUUCCAGAUACGCCCGUCAAGAGAAGCGCUGACUUGGGCGGAGUGGAAGUGUCGUAUGUCCAGCAUGACAAGAGCCAAGAUCAGAUGGUGGACUGGGCCAAGACAGUUCUCAAUGCCAACCGCGGGCGUGAAAUGGUUGGAAGCUAUAAUCCCAUGGUUGUUGGCGAGCUGUAUCGUGCACAGUCACAAAAUUGGCAUUUGAUAUCCCAGCAACACAUCGCCAAUGUAUCAACUGCUUGCUCCCGCUUCUGUUCGGAUCUGCUGCGUACUGUCUGCCCCAAAGACAAUGCCUCAGUACAGCUUAGUCUAAUCAUCCAAGAUCAAUUGAAAAAUCGUGCCAACAACGCCCGAGAUGAAUUGACCAAGCUCAUUCGAGACAAGAACCGCCCUCCGAUCACUCUCAACCAUUACUUUACACUGACAAUCCAGAAGAAGCGUAAGCGUCGACUUGCCGAGGCAAACUCAUCCACCGCGAAACGCCAGAAAACCGACAACACAAAGUUUUUCACGUUCGGAAGUCCCACUCCAGCCCAAUCUCCACUUGCGCCGGUAACGAAAGAUGAUGAACCUGCCGAUGCGAAUGAGGACAUUGACAUCACCAGCUGUGUCAUGGACAUGGAUGAGUACUCCUGUAUUGAUGCACUGGAUAGUCUAAACUCAAUUUACAAGGUCGAACUUAAAAGAUUUACCGAUAAUGUCGUGGUGCAGUGCUGCGAGCGCCAUCUUGUCGAUGGUCUGGAGGACGUUCUGUCGCCUCUCAAGGUAGCAAGCUUCACCGAUGCCGAGAUCGCAGCUGCUGCAGCAGAGCCCCAACAUGUGACAAAGAGAAGGGCAAUCCUGGAGGCGAAGAGGGAGAGUCUGGAGAAGGGCAAGGAUGUCUUCAACAGGUUCAUGAGCAGGACUGAUUGA